AGUUGCAGCUGGGGGCCACAGAUUUCCAGGCCAGUCAACAAUUUUUUUCCCCCAGUAACAAGCUUCUUGAUUCUUGCUCUCUCUGAUUUUCCUGGCUCCUGACCCUGGCCUUGGACUUCCUCUGCAGAUCUGUUUCCUGGGUCCUAACUCUGGUUUGAUACUGAGCUAGGACUUAAUCCUGUGGACUACCUUUUGGACUUGGUAACUUGGCUGCUAACUUUCCUGCAUCUGGACCCCUGACUUGUUGCUCUGACUUUAUCCUGUGGAUUGUGCCUCAGCUGUGUCUCAUGACUUAGACCUUGUUCCACUACCUACGAAAGAAGGGGACAGACAUACAAACAGAGAUCCAGUUGAGACGCACAGGAGGACAUAGCAAGGCAAGGCAAGGCAAUUAAGCACAGUUAACUGUGUAAUAGUCUGUUGGAGAUAUUCCAUACCCUGCCUUCAUGUUGUCUAUUCUAUUGCCCUGGCUCAUUCUGUACUCUUGCUUCUUAAACAAUGGGAGUUGUGACCUCUAUCAUGAACUGAAGGAGCUAAUGACUGAAUUUGCCAUUAACCUCUACCAGCAAUUAGCAGAACCAGGGAACAGAACUAACCUGAUCAUUUCACCAGCAAGUGUGAUCAUCUCUUUGGAGUUGCUGCAGUUUGGAGCUCAAGGAAAUACUUUUGCACAGCUGGAAAAUGCUCUAGGAUACAACAUCCAUGAUGAGAGAGUACAGGACUUCAUGCGUGCUGUACAUGAAGAGAUGACUAAUACUAGCCAAGGCACAGUGGUUCAACUGGCAUGUGCCCUAUUUAUCCAAGCUAGUGUUCACCUCUCACCCUUUUUCAUUGAGCAUGCUACCCUGUGGGCCAAUAGCAGUCUGCAGCAAACCAACUUCAGUGAACCUAACAGGACUGCAGCACAGAUAAGCGAAUGGGUCUCCAGUAACAUUGGAGAUGAGGAAGCAGACAGCAUAUCUUUGGAGAGGGCCAGUUCACCACUUAACCAGAUAGCUGUGGUGAGCACCAUGUACUUCAAAAGCAUGUGGCAAAAGAAAUUCUCCUUCACAGACACACAGCCCUUGGCUUUUACUACGGCUGAAGGCUUCAUCCUGAAAGUGCCAACAAUGUACCAAACAGCUGAUGUUAAUUAUGGUCAGUUCCACACAGCAUCUCUGGAGCAGUUCAGUGUCAUUGAGUUGCCUUAUCUGGGAGAGACAGUCAACAUGUUUGUGGUGCUUCCCAGUGACCGAAGAACAUCUCUAUCCCACAUUGAGUCACAUCUCUCACCUAAAACUAUCACCCUCUGGGCAAAUAAUCUGAAGAGAAUAAAAAUGGAUAUUUUUCUGCCUAGAUUCAGCAUUCAAAGCCACUUUGACUUAAAAAUGGUUUUACCCAUGUUGGGAAUAACAGAUAUUUUCGAUCCAUCUGAGGCUGAUUUUAAAGGUAUUUCAGAGCAAGGCAAUCUUUACAUUUCAGAAGCUAUUCACAAAGCAAAGAUUGAAAUUGCAGAAGAUGGUACAAAUGCAUCAGGAGCUACAGCAAUGGUGUUGCUAAAAAGAUCUCGAACUCCUAUUUUCAAAGCAGACAGACCUUUCAUCUUUUUCUUGAGGCAAGCCAAUACAGGAUCAGUGCUCUUUAUAGGAAGAGUUACAAAUCCAUCACAAUAAGAGUUUGUCAGAUAUACCCCGCUCCCAAUUCCUCCUGAGACCAGCUUUCCCUUGGUGAAACUGAGGCACCCUAUGCAUAUUUAUUAAAAUAGGAUAUUUAAAAUACCAUCUUUUGCA